CUUUCAAGAGGUUUUCCAGGAUUGAGAAAGGAAGAGAAAUGAGCAUGGAGAGCUGAGGGGCUAUGCCAGAGCUACAUAAAUAAUUUCCAGCACCGAAUGGGACAAUCCUGAACCUCCUUUCAAGUGCUGUCACACUGGUGUUUUGUGGUGGGAAGCCAGGUGGGGCUGGUUCUUGUUCCUUGGAUUUUGACUGUUGAGGAGGCUGUUUGGAGAGGUGGGGGCACAUUUCAGUGUCUCUCUUUGAAGAAACCCAGCAAGAUGUCAGACCUGCUUUCAGCCUUCCUGCACCUCCUCCUUCUCUUCAAGUUGGUUGCCCCAGUGACUUUUCGUCACCACCGUUAUGAUGACCUUGUGCGGACACUGUACAAGGUUCAUAACCAGUGCCCCUACAUCACACGGAUCUACAGCAUCGGGCGCAGUGUGAAGGGGAGACACCUCUAUGUGCUGGAAUUCAGUGACUACCCUGGAAUCCACGAGGCCCUGGAACCGGAAGUCAAGUAUGUGGGGAACAUGCACGGUGACGAGGUGCUCGGCCGGGAGCUGCUACUCCAGCUGUCUGAGUUCUUGUGCGAGGAAUUCCGGAACCAGAACCAGCGCAUCACGCGGCUCAUCCAGGAAACGCGCAUUCACAUCCUGCCCUCCAUGAACCCAGAUGGCUACGAGGCGGCGGCCAACAGGGGUCCAAAGAUACCUGGGCAUCUUGUUGGCAGGAAUAAUGCCAAUGAAGUGGACCUGAACCGCAACUUCCCUGAUCUCAAUACCUAUUUCUAUUACAAUGAGAAGCAUGGAGGCCCCAACCAUCACUUGCCCCUUCCAGAUAACUGGGAAAGUCAGGUGGAGCCUGAGACGGAGGCUGUGAUCCGCUGGAUGCGCUCCUUCAACUUUGUUCUUUCAGCCAAUCUCCAUGGAGGGGCAGUGGUGGCCAAUUACCCAUAUGAUAAGUCCCCUGGGCAUCGGUUCCGAAAUGCCCACAGCACUACCAAUUCCCCUACACCUGAUGACAAACUGUUCCGGAAGCUGGCCAAGGUCUAUUCCUACGCACACGGGUGGAUGCACCAAGGUUGGAACUGUGGGGACUACUUCCCAGAUGGCAUCACCAAUGGGGCUUCCUGGUAUUCUCUCAGCAAAGGAAUGCAAGACUUUAAUUAUCUCCAUACCAACUGCUUUGAGAUCACGCUGGAACUCAGUUGCAACAAGUUCCCUCGCCAAGAGGAAUUACAGCGGGAGUGGCUGGGCAAUCGGGAAGCCCUAAUCCAGUUCUUGGAACAGGUUCACCACGGCAUCAAGGGCAUGGUGCUUGAUGAGAAUCAUCAUAAUCUCACAGGGGCUGUCAUUUCUGUCAGUGGGAUUAAUCAUGAUGUCACUGCAGGUGAACAAGGUGAUUACUUCCGACUGCUGCUCCCAGGUACCUAUACUGUCACUGCCACAGCACCUGGAUUUGACCCACUGACAGAAAAUGUGAUUGUGCAUCCCGGGAAACCAACACUGGUUAACUUCUACCUCAAGAGAAGCAUCACUCAAGUAAACCCUGCAAAGAAGGCUCCGGGUGGAGGGCAAGGAAGCAGAGUGAAGGCCCAGCCUCGAAUAACCAAAAAGAAAGAUGGGGCCAGGAAGCAGCCGCACAGGGGCCCUGCCUGAAGCCCACUGAGCUUCCUUCCUGCUCUCAAAUCCCAUGAGGCAUGCUUUCUAUUUUUUUUUUUUAUCUGAGACAUAUUUAAAUAUAAAGCAUAUCAGGAACAGUCCCGAUGGUUUUCACGUGUUCUGGGAGAAAGCCUUCUCUAGGCCAACGUCAAAGGAAUCCACACACAGUUGCAGUCCUACACACGCAGCCUGCGGUUUCAAGUUUCCCGUUCUGGGAUUUGGCUUAGGCCCUGUCCCCCUGCAUCCAAGGCUUCUGCCUGGUUGGCCCCUCAAGAGGGGGUUGUGAUAAAGUGGGGCCUCCCCACAUGCCUGGCCCUUUCUGCACGAGGCCAAUUCCUUCUCCAUUUCUCCACAUGUUGUGACUCAGCCAGGGCACCACUGCCAUGCUGUUUUGACCCUUCGACCAUCAGAACCAUGAGCCAAAUAAACCUCUUUACUUUAUGAGUUA